CCUCUACACCAGAGGCUGUGGUGUUCUAGCCUUACAGGAUUUUAAUCUUUUUGGAUACUAUUUCAUACUAAUUCAUAUUUAAUUAUAGCCAUUUCUGAGUCAGAUUGACAAGGUUUAAGGAAAUCGCCAACGGAUAUAACUCCUUACCAGCCAAAUGGAAGCUGAGGAGUUUAUGGAACAAUCGCCAGAAAAUGUGACCGAACAAGACAAAGAUGGUGAAACAAUUGACAUUGAUGCUCUUAUUCCUGAUAAGUCAUCCAGCUCUGGACACCAGAGUGACUAUGGCUAUGAUGAAGAGUAUCCUAAGAGUCAGGAAUCUAUGAUAACUGACAUUCAGAGUGCUGAAUUAAAUGAAAAUGAAGCAAGUGUUGAAGAGAGUGACAGUGAAGAAGAAAGUCCAGAGUCACCACCAGCUCAAUAUGCAUCUCCUAUGGAACAUGAGUUUCCAGUUGUUGAUGAACAACAGCAUGUAAACAUCAGGUCACCUGUUGAUAUGCAAGAUGUGGAAGGACCCACAUCUCCCAGCCCAGGUAAUUAUGAAGAGAGUCCAGGUAGUCCUCAAGAACUGCAGAGUGGGACAAGUUCUCGUUUGUAUGAAGCAAGUGAUGCAAUGGAAGAUAAAGAAGGCACCGAAGGUUCUGAGCAAGAUGAAGCAAGGUCUGUUCCAGAAGAAGCUGAUGGUGUACAGAAUGUAUGGGGAGAUGACACUCCUGCAUCCCCAGAGCCAUCAUAUAUGACAGAAAAUGACUCUGCAGUUUAUCUUCAACAAGAGGACCAGGGUGCAGACUCAACAGUUGACCAAGGAGAUGCAAUAUCAACUUCUUUUGCCCAGGAAGAAGAACAACAACAUGCUGACAGCUCAGGACACAUCUCAUCACAUCAGAGUCCAUCUACUGACAAGGUUUCAGAGGACCUUGCUAUGGCUGAGCAUCAAACUAAGGAACAUUGUGAUUCAAAGGAAGAAGAAGACUUGUAUUCUCUUGACCUGAUGGAAGGAAACACAGAACAGAGUGAGGACGGUAUAUGUGACAGUGCAGUCAGCAGUAGGGAAGCAAUGGCAAGAGAUUCUGAUGAUAGUGUAAAAGAAUCAGAAUCUUCCCUCCAUGAUGACAAGCAUUCUUUAUCUCAGGUUGAUGCAGAUUCCAAAGUAUCUCAGAGUGUUGACAAACCACAAAUAUUCUCAGAAAGCGAUGCCAGUGUGCCCAUUGUACAUAGUAGUGUUGUUACUAGCUCACCAAGGGCAUUAAUAGAACACAGCAGUGCACCUUCUAAUGACACAUCGGGUAGCUCUGAAGUGUCACAAAGUAACAUUGAUCCAGAGUCAGAUGUUCAUAGUUCAAAGGAUCCUGAAAAAGAUAUCUUACGGAACAUUUCCAUGGAAAGUGUAGAUUCACUAAGAAAAUUUGAGGAGAUAGGUGAAAAUGGCAGUUCCAGAGCCAUCCUUAAUGGUCAUGAUAUUUCCCCUGUCCACAGAGACAGUGAUAAGGCAGGUAAGGUGCAGUCAAAUACCAGCUUCAAUGAAGAGCAUGUAGAGCUAGAUUAUGAUGAAGAGGAAGGUGAUGAUAUGCAUGGGCAUGCCAAUGACGCCAAGGAUGCAGGAGAAGAUGAGGACAGGCAAAAGGAUGGAGAUGAAAAGCAGGAUGGGGAACUGUCAUCGUCAGAUGAUGAAAAGGAUGAUGGUGAACUUGAAGAUGAUGAAGAUUGUGAGGAAGGUGAGAUAAGAGAACCUGGAGGGAGGCGGCCAUUUGUGAAACCUAUCUGCCGCUUUUUCACCAAGGGAAAUUGUACGUGGGGCAAUAACUGUCGCUUCCUGCAUCCUGGAGUAAAUGAUAAAGGCAACUACCGCUUAUUUGAACCGCCGGGCUACAAUGGUGGUGUGCUGGGACGGCUUGGACCAACUUGGGGCCCAGAGCCUGGCAUAGAACCGGAAUUACCUCCCCCUCCCCCUGAACCCCCAGCAACAGAGUCAGCCUGGGAGAGAGGUUUGAGGCAUGCAAAGGAGAUGCGUAAAAAGGCCAACAUGAGGAAGGAACAGGAGACCAAUUUUGAGGAGAAGCGUAUGAACUUGUCCCUUGAUGAGGAGCGUGAGGUGAACAAGGAGAACGAGAGGAACAAGUAUAUGAAGGAUCCAUACUAUGACCAAUAUGAUGAUGAGGAGUACUAUGGGAAGUCUCAGGUCCAUGGUUGGCAGGCUGGCUCAUAUGAGAACUUUGAAGUUCGAUGGACAAGGGAACAGGAAUUCUCUCCAUACAGGCAUGAGAAGGAGCGUGAACGCUUUAAGGAACGUCGCUACAGUCCUCCACUUGAUAGAAUUGAGAGAUUGGAACGUCAGAUGUUUGACACUCCUCCACGUACAAGGGAUGAACGGAGAGACAAGUACAGAGACAACAGAAUGGAGCCACCCCCUCCAGCCCAGAUGCCCCGGGGUCGCGCAGAUGAGUGGCAUGAUCCUUGGCAGAGGUCUAAGUCUCCAAAACAGAAACGACGUAGCUCCCGAAGUCAUUCACGUGGAAGACGAAGACGGCGAUCAUACAGUGUAUCAUCCCAUUCAUCAAGUUCCUAUUCUUCAUCCAGAUCACGAUCCUCUUCAUUUUCAUCUCGUAGUAGUCGGUCAUCGUACAGUCGAUCAUCAUCAUUUAGUUCGAGAUCUCCUUCCCCACGGCCAGUAGGCUCGAGGAAAGCUGGUCCUCCUCCACCAGAGAAGAAACAGCUACCGCCCUCAAAAUCUUCUACUGGUAGAAAAGGCCCAGCUUCUGAUGAGAGAAAAGUGCCUCCACCCUCCAAGAACAGUGACCAACCUCGAAGUGCUGUUACUGUCAAAUCCAAACAGAGAAGUCCCGACAAACGGGCGCCAGGACUCCCAGGUCCGCCAGGAAAACCUGGAAGACCAGGCCCCAUGAUGGAGGACCGAGGGCGGAGGAGAGACAAACCACCUCAUUUGCCGGCACAACGGCCCAUGCCUCGGGUCGGCAGCAGGAGUUCCAGUGGCAGCAGUUUGUCUCGCUCCCACAGUAGCAGCAGUUCCUCCUUCUCUCGCUCUGGUAGUGGCAGUAGUGGGUCAUCAAGGUCCAGGUCUCGUAGUUCCUCCACCAGCUCCAGUGGCAGUGCUGAUUCUGAGCACUUGUACCGAGAUCUGCCAGGCAGCAACAGGCCUGUCUCACCAAAGAAGAAGGUGAUGACCAAAGAACAAUCCCUUUACAACAUGGCAAAUGAACAGGUGUUUUUUUUCCAACUGUUGCUUCAGCCUGCAGACAAGCCACCUGGUGGUCCAGGUCCUGGUCCUUCAGCUGCCAAGAGAAGACAGUCGGAUUCUACCGGAGGGCCACCCUCUAAACGACAGGCCAUCAUAGCACCUCCUGCCAAGCCUGCAGCUGGUGAGAAGCAAAAGGUGCCAUCAAGACCUGAGAAGAUGAAAUCACCCCCCAAAGACAAGCCAGUCUCUCCUACCAAGGCACCAUCUAAGCCUCCAGUGGCAGCAGCCAAGGCUGCACCUAGUGGGAAAGCUGCACCUGCUCCAGGUGUGCCCCCACCUGUACCAACUCCCUCAGUCCCAGCAGUCAAACAGAAGAAGAGCAUGUCCUCACGACGAGAAGAACUUCUUAAGCAACUUAAGGCAGUGGAAGAUGCUAUAGCACGAAAGAAAGCAAAAAUGCAGUGAUGAUAGCUUUCUGUAUAAUAGGUGUACAUACUAUAUUUUUAUUUCUAUUGUAUGAAGGGAGAAAGAUACACUGUUCUUACAUCUGCUUAAUGGUUUAAGUUGAUCAUUUCUUAGGACUCAUGAUUUUCUGUUAGUUCAAGUAUAAUUUAACAUGAAUGCAGUGUGAUAUAGGUACUGUCAGUUUCUCACGUAGAAUGCAUCGAUUCUUAUGUAAAUAGACACAAGACCAUUUGUGGUAUGCACGUUGGAAGGAAUUGUCUGAUUGAAUUCAUUGCAAUAUCUGAAGCAACUUUUAUCUUGACAGGUGAAUGUAUGAAUUUGUUUUUCUAGGACUUGUACGGUUUAUAUUAUUCUGUGGUACUUUCCAUUAUAUACCAGUUGUGGUAUGUCUAUCAUCGUGUAUUAGUAUAACUUAAGAGUUAACAACAUAUGAUGUAGUUCCAACUGCAGUGUUAAAACUGGUUGCUCAGUAUGAAUAAAUGUAGCAUCUUGCCAAAUGAAGCUACAUUAAUUCAGUACAUUGUUUUCUCACUUUAUCUGAAAUUCAGUUUAAUGUUACUUAGAGAAUCACAUCUGAAUCCUUUUGGUAUCAAAAUAUCAACUGGAGUCAAUAGAUGUUUAAAACCAGAAUAUUUUACCCACUGUGAUUUGACAUACUAUGUAUUUAUUUGGGUUAUAUUUUGUUAUCCACAAUCUUCCAACUUUUUCAGUUUGCGAAGAGAAAUAAGCCAUGUCUUGGGUACAGAAAAUACUGCUAACCAGCUUCAGUUACAGAAAAAUGAUUACAUCACAAUUGUCUUGUCUUCGAUUGUGAUAUCUCCUGUUAUAGAUGUUUGUGGAGAAAGUUAAACAAUUUGUUUUGCCCAAGCUUGACAUAUUUAUUAAAGAGCAGUCUUCAUGAUGCAAAUUAUGGUGUCAGAUUUCAUUUUUGAAAACAAAAUUGGCUAUACAAAUGAUAAGGUCCUCUACAGGAAAAUAAAACCUGGACAUCCCGGGGUGUACAUUCAAUUGAGAAAAAAAAUUAAAAUGUUUGGGCCAUUUUUCAUUUUUUUGGGGUGCAAAAUGUUUGCAUUUGAAAGGUUAGAAAUCUAGUGGAAAUAAUGUUCAUACCUAGUUUCUGUGGUCUAUGAUACAAGAGACAAACAUAUUUUUUUAUAAAAUGUGUGGGCAUUUUGAAUUUAAUAAGAAGUAGUUGCUACAGCCGUUGGGCAGUAUUUCUAAAUCCAUUUACAGUCAUCAAGAACUGUUCUUAUGCCAUUUUCAUGUGGAUAUUUAUUUUAAAGAUCUGCUACUUCAAAGGAUUGUUUUUCUUAACUUCUGUUGCCCUUGGGAUGGGUGGGGGGAAAAAGGUUGCUUUCAUUCUUGCAAGUCUGUAGGUAUCCAUAUCACAAUAGUCAAUGUAAACGAGUAAGGCAAGGUGAUUUGAGAUGGGUCAGCUAUUUGCAUAUACUUUGCAAUGCCAGGUCCUCAACACGAGUGCCAGUGGCAAUAUGAAAUAAAAUCAUGACAAGA